CCUUAAAAUAAUUAAAUAAUGUAGAAUAAUUAUAUUUCCUUUGAACACUGAAUUCAUCUUUUAUUUUUAUCCUUUUUCUCUACAUUAAAUUUAUGAUAUUGAACAUAUUGUAUUUAUUCAGGGCUGCUGUCGGGGCAGGUGGUAGCACUGUUGCCGUGCAGUAAGAAGGUCCUGGGUUCGACCUCCGGCCAGGGUCUUUCUGCAUGGAGUUUGCAUGUUCUCCCCGUGCAUGCGUGGGUUCUCACCGGGUACUCCGGCCUCUUCACACUGUCCAAAGACAUGGCUGUGAGGUUAAGUGAUCUCUCUAAAUUGCCCUUAGGUGUGAAUGAGCUUGUGCAUGUUUUUUCUUUGUCCUGUCUGUGUUGCCCUGCGAUGGACUGGCGACCUGUCCAGGGUGUACCCUGCCUCCGGCCCAUAGACUACUGGAGAUAGGCACCAGCUCCCCCGCGACCCACUAUGGAAGAAGCUGUAGAAAAUGGCUGAUUGUUCAGUUGUGGCACUGUUGGCCCUCGAAUCUCGAUGCUUUAGAUGUCUUAUUGCUGACUGUAAUUCGAGAGGAAACCGCGCCCCCUGUUGCGCGCAGCUCGCUGAGGGUAGAAACAAAGAGCACAACAUCUCCUCUCUGUCCUUGAAUUUCACAGAAUCUAUCCAUAAGCAGAUUAAUCCUGCGGACUCCAGGAGGCAUUCAGCGCCUUUAGUUCUUCUGAAACCUCCUCCAGGGGUUUCACACUGGAUGUCCCUGGUUACUGUUGCGCUUCCCGUCACCUUUACACAAACUUGAACUUGGUUAAGCUGCCCGAGGCACCCGUGGUACGCACAGCGGCUCCGAUCUGCCUCCCCUCCCUUGCGCCUCCUCCUCCUCCUCCUCCUCCUCCUUCUGCAGCACCACUGGCUGGGCUGGAACGGGACACUUUCAGAACCUUUACCUGUUUCCCGCUUCCAAUGCGUUCAGACUGCCAGCACACCUUCCAUCGGCUUGGAGGAUAUGGAUGGCAGGGAUGUUAUGGUGGCAUAAAGCGGCAGAGGCUGCAGGCUGACAGCCUGAUGUGGAGCUGAAGAGGUUGCGGGGGGAUCGCGCAGUGACGGAGGGGUUUCCCUCAGAUCUCAUCCGGCCAUCUGGAGAUGAGUGCGGGACACAAAAUGACAGCAUUAUGGUGCAGUUAUUACCGUCGACUUCCAGCAGGAAGGUUCUGAGUCGGUUCCGGUCUUUCUGUGCAGGUUGCGUGUUCUCCUGCGACGGUGCUGCAGCAAACAACAACCAGACAACCAAAUGCAAUAAUUAUUCUAACAGGCAUCUGCCUUUCAUUGAUGGGUGUGUGACCUGCCAAAGUUGUAUCCCAUCAUUAAUCAUCCCCAGCCGAGCUGCAGCUUGAUGACCCACGCCUGCAUGAUGCCACCAUGUUGCUGGGCCCUCCCUAAUCCUGCAGGGGCGACCCGAAGGAUCCCCUUCAGUACCCAAAUCCAUGCCAGCAGUCAUCAAACUCUGCAGCUAUCAACCACCAAUCAAUAACCAAUGAGCUUGAGGGAGACAAUAAGGACAUCUACAGUAACCCACAUUCAGUCUUGGCAGCAUAUUCUAAGCUUUAACGAAAGUCACCGCAGUUCGACAUAAACAAAGUACUACUCUAUUCUUGGUGUAGAAGUGCAGAAAAGCGUUGUACUCAGACUCUUUCUGUUCUCGUCCUGUUCUGAGCGGCCCGCUGUUGAGCAGCGUGCCUUCUAAAUGCUGCCAUGCCCAUCAUCAGCAACACCAACCAUGAUUUCAGCAAUCUGUCCGUCAGUGAUGACAGCAGUCUGGACCGGAUCUUCACUGAGAUUCCAGAGACCGAGACCAUCAAGGGCGUGUACUACCAGAGAGCCCAGUUCAUCCGCAAGCCAGAGGACCUGGUGUCCAUUGACCAUGCAUUGUUGGCUGUGAUAAAUGUGGGGGGGAACCGUUACACCUUUCCCUGGACCACCCUGGAGCAGUUCCCCCUCACCAGACUUGGUCGCCUCUGUGGCUGCCGGUCACUUGAGGACAUUGCCAGCGUAUGUGAUGACUACGACGAAUCCAGAAAGGAGUUCUUCUUCGACCGCUCUCCGUCCGCCUUUAAGGUCAUCCUUAACUUCCUCGCAGCAGGGAAACUCCGGCUCCUGCGAGAGAUGUGCGUCCUUUCCCUGCAUGACGAGUUGAACUACUGGGGGGUGGAGAUGGCGUACAUGGAGCGCUGCUGUAAGAGAAAGAUGUACACACGCAUCGAGGAGGUGCACGAGAAGGAGAGGCGGGAGGAGGAGCGUAGGCAUCGAAACGCAAUGCAGCGAGUGCCAGUGGAGGAAACAAAGUACAGAAAAGUGAUGAACUGGCUGAGAGAUAUGGUGGAGAAUCCUCAGUCAGGCCUACCAGGGAAAAUCUUCGCCUGCUUUUCAGUGAUCAUGGUCGCGGUCACUGUGGUUAGCUUGUGUAUCAGCACCAUGCCUGACCUCAGAGAGGAGGAGGACAGGGGUGAGUGUUCCUCCAAAUGCUACAACAUGUUCAUCAUAGAGACGGUGUGUGUGGCCUGGUUCUCCCUGGAGUUCAUCCUGCGCUUCAUUCAGGCACGCAGCAAGCUUGAUUUUCUCCGUGGGCCUCUCAAUAUCAUCGACGCUAUGGCCAUCCUGCCCUACUACGUGUCACUUGUGGUGACAGAGGAGGAUCAGAGCUUUGAGCACGAGAGACCCGGUGGAGGUAAGGGCUAUUUGGACAAACUGGGUCUGGUGCUAAGGAUCCUGCGGGCACUUAGGAUUCUGUAUGUGAUGCGACUGGCUCGCCACUCCCUCGGCUUGCAGGUGCUGGGACUGACGGUCAGACGCAGCACCCGGGAGUUUGGCCUCCUUCUGCUUUUCCUCUGUGUGGCGGUCACCCUUUUCUCCCCUCUGGUCCACCUAGCUGAAAGCGAGCUUACCGGCACCCAUGACUUCAGCAGCAUUCCUGCCUCUUACUGGUGGGCAAUUAUUUCUAUGACAACCGUAGGGUACGGUGACAUGGUCCCAAGGUCCAUUCCAGGGCAGGUUGUGGCACUGAGCAGCAUCCUCAGUGGGAUUCUCAUCAUGGCUUUUCCCGCUACCUCCAUCUUCCAUAUGUUUUCCCGCUCCUACCAAGAGCUCAAGAUGGAGCAUGACCGGUUGUUCAAGGAGGAGUGUGCAGAUGCUGCGGCUGCGGCUGCCUUGCAGGAGGUGGGAGGUGAAGACGAGGAGGAGUCACCCCAAUCUGAACAUCAAGACAAAACCAAGGAGCAGUCAAUGGAGUCUCUGGCUUUGCUUGGUAAAGGUGGUGAAGCUGCAGGAACUAAUAAUCACAGCCUUCCAGCAGCAGCUUUCUGAAGACUCAUGCUGGGUGCUGAACUUUCAUUAAAACAAGUUCACUGAUCUUUGUGCCGCUUAAACUACAAGUACAACUAAGGGACUAAUACCCCAAAAGCCUAACUGCCCAUUAUUGGCAUUUGUAUUGUUUUGGAUACAAAUAAAUGUUGUUUUUUGUACUUUUGCUUUUCAGUGCAUUGACUGGAAAAGGGAAGAGAAACUGGAGGACUAACAACCCUUUAAACAGGAUGGUUGUCUGCGUCUGACCAGAAGGCCUCUGCAAUAUUAGAAAUAGGCUGCUUCCAAAAACUUGCAAUAUUAAAUCCAAAGUUGCUUCUCCUUCCACUGUGAAAAUACUUUAACUGGCUGCAAUGUUUGUUAAAUUUUCAUUUCUAUUUAAUAUGUUGCCUGAAGUAUGAUCUAAAAUGGUAUCAUACUCAACCUUUCGGCCAUGAAUGCAAAUAAGUGCACCUCCUAGUUUAAACAUGAGAAACCAUGUUCUGAGUAGAAAUAAUAAAUGCAUUCCGGCCCAUGUGUAAUGUAUAUGUUUUUCUCUCUCAUGUUUAAAUGCUUAGACCCAAGGAAUAACUGAUGGUUUUGUAAACUGUGGUAAUAUGCGCUGCUGUGAAAAAGUUACAGAUAUGUUCUAUUUAUGCUUUAUUGUAACACUUAAAUGUUUCAGACUAUCAAACCAAUUAGUAUCAAAGAUGACCUGAAAAAAGAAAGAGGAAAUCAGAUUUUUAAUGGAACAAAUCCAAACAAAUUUAGUCAGAUUGGAGAGUUUUCCAGCAUGAAAAGACUGUUAAAGAUCAUACCACGGCAUAUCAAUCAGAUUUAAGACCAAACUUUUAACUAGUUUACUUUAAAAUCUUGAUUUUGACCGUUUUAGACAAUCAGAGGUGGACAUGUUGGUGUGCAUCAGGUUCUAUGUUCUGCUGUGGAACCCAAGGGUGCUUAUGCUUAAGGUCACAAAGUGAUGAACGGACAUUUUCCAUCAAAAUCUUCUGCUAGAGAGCAACAUUCAUGGCUCUACAAUGUAAAUCAAGUCAUUCAAAUACUGAAGCAACAAAACAGGCCCAGACCAUUACAUUUCCACCACCAUGUUUGGCUGUAGAUAUGAUGUUCUGUUUCAACAAUGCUGUGUUAGUUUUACACUAGAUAUAAUGGGACAAACAUCUUUCAAAAAAGUCCACUUUUGUCUCAUCAGUCCACAGGAUAUUUUCCAAAAGUCUUGGAGCUCAUCAAGAUGUUUUUUGGUAAACAUGAAACAGCAUUUUUAUUCUUUUGGGUCAGCUAUGAUUCUGGCCUUGGAACUCUCCCAUGAAGGCCAUUUUUGCCCAAUCUCUCUUUCUUAAUGUCCUUAAUCUCAUUAACUCUGACCUUAAUUGAGGCACUGAGGCCUACAGACAAUGUUCUGAUGAUGUUCUGGGUUCUUCUGUCACCUCCUGAAUAAAUGGUUGGUGAGCUGUUGAAGUGAUUUUGGUAUUUCGGCCACUCCUGGGAAGGUUCUCCACUGUUCCAUAUUUUCAUCAUCUGGGGAUAAUGAUUCUUACUGUGGUUCUCUGGAGUCCUAAAGCCCUAGAAAUGGAUUUGCAACCCUUUCAAAACUGUUUCUCAUUUGUUCCAUGAAGUCGAGGCCUAAAUUGUAGCUGUUUGAGAUCCUUUUACUUCAUGUUUCUACAGGUCUGACAGUAAUCCCACCUUGAUGUGGUUGAUGGCGAGGAGCCAUAAAAUUUUGUUAUGUUUUGUUUAUUUAUGAAUUAACAAAAGGGGGAAUCACUUUUUUGACACAGGGCCAGGUUGGUUUUGAUAGCUUUUUCCUUUAAUAAAAGAAAUCGUGGUUGGAAUAGUUUUCUCUACUCAGGUUUUCUUUGUCUGAUUUUAAUAUUUGUUUGAUGAUCUAAAACAUUUAAGUGUGGCGGAACAGGAAAAGCAAAACAAUCUGUAAGGGGGUAAGUCAUUUUCCACAGCGCUGUAUUGCAGGAUGAUCCCUACUGUAAUUUUGUAAUUAAAGAAUGAAAGGAUGGUGAUGAAGACAGAUUAUUUGUUUUAGACAAGGAGGGUGGGUGAUUGAGAGUGAACGCUAAGAACCAUGAAAUGUACUUUGUAAUGCUCCAAAUAAAAGCUCCUAGUAAUCUGAGAGAAAUCCA